UGUUAUUUGUAUUUUGUGUUACAUGUAUUUCACCACAAUUAAAAAUAAAAAGAAAUCCCAGUGUGCCCGUAGGGUAUAGAUGGCAGGAAGCAUUAAGAUGUAGAGGUUCUGGUAAUGACAACGGAGUUGGGGUGGGGGCAGGCUGGUAGAGGACAGCCAGGAGGAGCAGGGGGGUGGCACGGCAGGACAGCACGUGCAUCAGAGGGGCAGGCUUUGCCGGGGGCUGGAGUGGUGGUCUGGGUGUCGUGAUGGGGGGUGAGGAGGACUCCCAUCCCACCUGUCUCCGAGAUAAGGUGGUAUGAGUAGGAACAGCACCAGUUCACAGGUGGCAGGAGAAGCAGUGUAUUUAGGGGACAGCGUCUUUGAGGCAAGGAAGCAGAGCCAAGAAUCCAAGGAGAGACGGAGAAUAUCAGGAUGCCCCAGGGCCCAGCAGGAGCACAGGGUGGUGGAAGUUGUGGAGCACGUGGUUCAGCAAUGAAUUUGAGAUCGGGAGGAUCUCAUGGCUUCACAGCCUCAGUCUGCUGGUGCUGAGGUGUCAGCAAGGGCGCUGAGGCUUGGCGACGUGCCAGAGUCCCUGGUAGUGGGAUCAGGUGUGGGCCUAGCAAUGUCCUUCUGAAGGCUCUGCUUUAAGGGUUGGCGGUGGAGGGGAUUGAUUUACAAGUUGUGAAUUCUGUGGUCCCAGAUGGUUAGAGACGGGCUCCAGAGGGCCCCCCACUCUCCAUCCUAUGGCCACGCCAGACAUCACAGCCUGAGCGUGAUGCCCUUUCCUGACACAUUCAGACAUGAACUGAGAUUCCUUCUCCACAUAAUUCCCCAUAGAGCCAAACCACAAACCUACUCACCAGCCUUGACUUAGGCCAACAUGUUUAUUUUGUGGUCAAGGAAGCUGAGGUUAAGAGAGGGCAAGUGAUUGGCCCAGGCCAGGAUGGGAGCAAAAUUCAGAUUUCCUGUUUUCCAUACCACUGUGGGACAUCUGCUAGCUCAGGGGUCUAAUGGGGUAUUGAUGGAGGGCUGAGCACUGCUCACGAGCUGCCCUAAAGGGUUAGCCAUAGAGAAGGAUCAGGCAUGGAAACAAUUCACCAAAGAAGAAAGGGUGGGAGUGAGAUAGUGAGGGAAAGAAUGAGAGAGCAGUGAGAGGCCAAAUGGAAACCCAGGCAGCCAAGCACCUCUGACUCAUACUCGAGCCGUGGAAGGACCAAGCGGAGCAACUGCCUUCCCUUCCCCCUUCCCAGAGAGAUCAGAGGCUCUGUGGCAUGUGGGUGGACCAGUUCAGCUUCCAGUUAGUUCCAGGUCAUUCUGAAAAGGGGAUUAAAAGGAAAGCAAACCUGUCUUUUAAUAUGGAGAAAGCACUGAGAAUGGACUGGACUGGUAGCUCCUUUUCCUCCUAGCUGGAGAUAUAAAAACCACAAAACCACAUUCCGGAGCUCUGUUGGAAGCCUGGGUGGCUUUAUGUGGUCUGACAAGGUAAAUUUUUUGUUUUCAUUUUUAAAACUGAUCCAAAAUGUGAAGACUUCAAUGAUAGGGCAGUCAUUCGUCCCUUCCCAUCCAAUAGAAGUUGACAUGAGGAAGCUAGGAAGAGGACGAUGUUUCUGAUCCUAGGGUCCCAAUUGGGUAUGUGUGGCUCCUCCUGUAUCUUCCUCUCAUACCUCUGCGUCCUAAUCUCCUCCUCUUAUGAGGACUCCAGCAAGACUGGAUUAGGGUCCACUAGUGACCUCAUUUUACCUUAAUUAUCUGUUUAAAGACCUUAACCAGGGUCAGAAAGAAGGACCCCUCUUUUGGAGGGUCUUCAGCAGUAGAAGAGGGCAGUCAGGACACGAACAUUUAGGAAACUUUACAUUGCUCAAAAAAGCUGCUUUUAGGCAAUCACGAUAUGCAUAUUAUAUGCAUAGUUGACAAUAAACAGGGCCACAUCUGGGAUGAAUGUGUAAAGUCUUCUACGCCCUCCAACUCCAGGUAGCCUCUGGAUUUCUUAGAUUUCUGAAAUGUCCUGGUCCGUGAUAAGAAACAUCCCUGGAUUUAUCUAGUUUAACCCAAACCCUACAGAACUCCCCAGGGGUGCAGAGCUGCAGGGAGUGCAGGGUCUGGGAACCAUCCUAACCCCUGGUGUCUGGGGCUGGCUGGGCCCGACUCUGCCCUCUCCACCCCAUCUCUCUUUUCCAUUUGCUUUCCAAAUCCAUUUGAGUCUCAGCGUGUAUCUGAACAAAUCUUGGGGGAAGGCCGCACAACCUCUCUAGGAUACAGAAUUUGGAGUCCAGCUGCCCUGGAACAAUCCUGAAUCCUUUGCGCCCAUCUGGCAAACGCUGAGUACACUGUGUGUCCCCAUCCAGCAGCUGUGCCCAGGGGCUCCUUUCUUCUAAGGAGCUAGAAUCUUCCUGUCUCAGACUCUGGCCCUAUGUUAUGGGCUGACUCCCCCCACUCCACCAAUUUGUAUGUUGAAACUCUAACCCCCAGGACCUCAGAAUAUGACUGCAUUUGAAGGUAGGGCCUUUGGAUAGGUGAUUAAGGCAAAAUGAGGUCAUUAGGGUGUGUCCUAAUCCCAUAUGACUGGUGUUGUACAAGAAGAGGAGAUUAGGACCCAGACAUGCACAGAGGGAAGACCAUGUGAAGACAGAAGCCACCUGCAGACCAAAGAGAGAGACCCCAGGAGAAACCAACCCUGCUGACACCUUAAUCUCAGACUUCUAACCUCCUGGACAGUGAGGAAAUGAAUUUCUAAUGUUGAAACCAACCAGCCUAGAAAACGAACAUGCCACAUCUAGGAACGUUUUGUAAAGUGGACAGAGGGGCCAUGUCUUAGCACACGUCCCUCUGGGGGACUCCAGGGCAGGGUGUGUGGUUGGAGGGGCUGUCUGCGUGAGCUCUCUGUGGAAGGAGACAAGCUGUCCCCUCACCCUCUAACCCCUGCUGAAUACACACGUGCACACACAGGAAGGUGACACGGAAAGGGCAGGGUCGGAACGCGCAUCCUGUUCCUAGCUGCCUGUGUCCAGGUCUCUGAGAUGGGCAGGGUGAAUGGCCGCCCCAUCACUGAAGUCCUUACAUUUUGGAUCCUUUUUAAAAAUGAAAACAAACAAAACAAAACAGAGAUUAGCUCGUCGGACCACACAAGGCCACACAGGCUUCCACCAAAGCUCAGGAGUCUUUCUAGAGCAGCCACCGACACGCGUGACCUUCAGCAGAGCCCACGGGGAGCAACUGAUUCACCUGCGAGCAGAUGUUUCCUGCUGGACCCCAGGAGAGUCUUGAGCCCGUGCGGAGCUAUCCUGUGCCAACUGGAGCCUGUGUAAUCUAGCUGCCCUGUCCUGGCCGUCAUCCAAGCCUGGGGCACAGUAAUGAGUAACUGAGCUUCCUCCAGGAGGGAGGGAGGAAACAGUUAAAGUUGCAGCAGCUGUAAUCACGCAGGCGUGGCUCUCUCGUCCACUUGGGCUGUGCAGAUCCCGGGCCAAAAGGCAGAGGAAGGGCAGCUUCCACGGCAGAGCUUCCCAGAUGGCGGAGUUGGAUCUCAUGGCUCCAGGGCCACUACCCGGGGCCACUGCUCACUCUCUGGCCCCUCUCAGCCCAGACUCGGGGCCGGCCAGCCCAGCAGAAGAAGAGGACGUGGGCUCCCUGGAGAGGCCUGAUGGGGAGGCUGAGCGACAGGAAGGCGGCUCUGCAGAGCAGGGGGGCCCUGGAGGUGAGGAGGAGGAGGAGAUCCUGUGUGAUUUCUGUCUGGGCACCAGCAGGGUGAGGGCGGUGAAGUCCUGUCUGACCUGCAUGAUGAAUUACUGUGAAGAGCACCUGCGGCCGCACCAGGAGAACAGCAAACUGCACAGCCACCAGCUGACCGAGCCUGUGCCGGACCGCGACCUGCGCACCUGCCCCACCCACCACAGCCCGCUGGUCGCCUUCUGCCGCCAGGAUGGGCAGAGCAUCUGCCAGGAGUGUGGCCAGGAGGAGCACAGGGGCCACACCAAGGUCUCUCUGGAUGCAGCCCGCAGGGACAAGGAGGCUGAACUUCGGGGCACCCAGUUAGACCUGGAGCGGAAGCUCAAGUUGAAUGAAAAUGCCAUCGCCAGGCUCCAGGCCAACCACAAGUCUGUUCUGGUGUCAGUGUCAGAGGUAAGAGCGGUGGCCGAAGAGCAGUUUGGGAAACUCCUUGCUGCUGUGAGGAAGGCCCAGGCCGACGUGAUGCUCUUCUUGGAGGAGAAGGAGCAGGCUGCUCUGAGCCAGGCCAACGGCAUCAAGGCCCACCUGGAGUACCGCAGCGCAGAGAUGGAGAAGAGCAGGGAGGAGCUGGAGAGGGUAGCGGCCAUCAGCAACACCGUCCUGUUCCUGGAGGAGUACCGCCAGUUUAAGGAGGCGGAAGACAGCGACGCCUUCCCUAGUGUUUACAUAGGCCUGAAGGACAAACUCUCGGGCAUCCGCAAGGUCAUCGCGGACUCCACUGCACACCUCGUCCAGUUGCUGGAGAACUACAAGGGAAAGCUCCAGGAGUUUGCCAAGGAAGAGGAAUAUGACAUCAGGACUCAAGUGUCUGCUGUUGUUCAGCGCAAAUAUCGGACUUCGAAACCUGAGCCCAGCACCAGGGAAGAGUUCCUCCAAUACGCGCAUGACAUCACGUUUGACCCGGACACGGCACACAGGUAUCUCCGGCUGCAGGAGGACAACCGCAAGGUCGCCAACACCUCGCCCUGGGAGCAUCCGUACCCGGACCUGCCCAGCAGGUUCACGCACUGGCGGCAGGUGCUGUCCCAGCAGAGUCUGUUCCUGCACCGGUACUAUUUCGAGGUAGAGAUCUCCGGGGCAGGCAUCUACGUCGGCCUGACCUGCAAAGGCAUCGACCGGAAGGGGGAGGAGCGCAAUGGCUGCAUUUCCGGAAACGACUUCUCCUGGAGCCUGCAGUGGAACGGGAAGGAGUUCACUGCCUGGCACAGUGACACCGAGACCCCGCUUAAAGCCAGCGCUUUCCGGAGGCUCGGGAUCUACGUCGACUUCCCAAGGGGGACCCUUUCCUUCUACGGCGUGGAGUACGAUGCCAUGACUCUGGUCCACAGGUUUGACUGCAAGUUUUCGGAGCCAGUCUACGCUGCCUUCUGGCUUUCCAAGAAGGAAAACACCAUCCGGAUUGCGGACCUGGGAGAGGAGCCGGAGAAGCCAGUGGAGGCUGCUGCCUAGACUCGGGUUCCAUAUCCCAGACCUCUGCUAACCACAGUGACCGGCAGCAGUCCAGUGCAAGCACCCUUGCACUGUGAGGGUGACUUGGGGCAGAAGUGUCUGCCAGUGGCAGCCGGCUCUGGAAAUUGUCAUGUCUGUGAAGAGGGGAAGGUUCUCUGGCUGCCCUUUUGUCGCUUCGUGCAGCACUGUCCUCUAUAUAUUUGUAGUAACUGUUAGGUGCCAACGUCUCCCUUAUUCUCUUCUGGUGACAGUGUCCUUUCUGCUCAGGUGAAUGUCGCACUGUGCCCAGAAAUAAUAACCAGGAAUUUUCAGAGUGGCUGAAAAGAUCGCAGAGUCAUCACAAUAAAUUACUAACGUAACCGUG